GACAGACAAGUCUAUCUCCAACGAACUACUAAAAAUGCAAACUAUUACAAUGACCAGAGAAAGAAUGACCCAACUGUUUGGCUUGGGGAUCCCAGCUCCACUAUGAAGAAGCUUAAAAUCAAAACCUGCGAUUGUGAGCCGCAAGAGCCUCCACAGACAAAUCUCUUCACAAUACCAAUGUGCAUACGCCAAUUCUACGGCCCAACCGAAAUAUAAAAAUUUCAUAUCGCACAAGAAACCUCUGUUCCUUUGAAUACCGUACACUCGUGCUGGGCACAUAACAGCCGACAUUGACUGAUCAUGGAGCGUCAAACUCACAUCAAUGACCUCGUGGCAGUGGUCCGGGAGAACCUUGAGAACCAGCAGGACUGGACUUCUUUGAAAAUCCAUACGCACUCGACUAAAAGCAAGAUCCCUCAUCCCCGGCCCUUGGUCUCGGGCCUACCGCCGCGCAGAAUUUACAUUCAUCCGGAUGAUCAAAUUGAAAUGAUCAAGAACAACACCAUGGCUGCAAACGCACAAACCCCAGAAGUUGAAUGGGUUUUGUCUACAAGUCUUAACGAACAUAUCACUCUCGAAUUUUUGUCAGGCGUCUUUGAUUCUAUGGAUAGGCCGGACAAUCUGCCCGAGGACCGAUCUAAGCGGCUCUUGCUAGCAGUGAAGCAUGAUGACUCAACGGUCGUGUAUUACUUCGUACACGAUGGCAUCGUCAAGCCGAGGCAGAACUGAGCUCAAUCCCAUUACAUCAUGUCUGUAUCCGAUAUCUCAACACGCUAUCUAUUUUGCUGCUUGGAUUCAGCUAGGCUUGAAGAUGACUUUUUGAACCUUCAUGUCGUUAAAGAGCUCAUAUCCUUCAACAGCCUCACUGAGAGGCAUGAUC